UGUCACAUAUGUCAAACACUUGUUACGGUUUCUCUGAUUUCGCUAAAUAUAGGAAACCUAAAAGGGAUUGGUUGUCGUUUGUGGUGGAAGAACAAACGUUACAAACCCUUGAUAUGGUGGUGAGGGAGGGUUUCUUCUGGUUUUUUUUUUUUUUUACAAUUUAUUCUAAAACAGGUGAAGUGGUUGGUGAUGGCUAUACAAUCUCUGAACCCAUUUCGAUUGAACAAUAAUGGAUUUGGAUUUGGAUUGAUAUGACGAGAAUGGCGUCGUCGCAAGUGGAAUACGUUUCGUCUGCCCCUUUCGGUUGCGUUCUCAGAGACCACAAGAGGCGUGAACGAUGCGGCAGAGAGAGCGCUGCCGCCGCUUUUGAGAAGAAUCUGAAACAACUUGUCCACAAUUGUAUUUCCGUAUAUCCUGAUUCCUCAAACGACGACAAUAGCCGUCAAAAUCGAAAUAUGAGUAUUAGCAACAAAAUUGAAAAAACAGAGGAGAAUCCAAUAGGCUCCAGACAUGCUCGGAUUCUUGAUCGAUGGAGGCAAGCACGAGAGAUGGUGUCGAACAACAUCGAGACAAGACGGACCCAGGAAGCAGAGUCCACCGGAGCACAAAAUCUUGGAGCUUCUUCACUCGUUCAAAUGUGGGAAGCCAGGCUACAUCGAUCAAACAUCAUAAAAAGGCCAAGUUCUGGAACCGAAGAACCCUCAAGAACCCAUGAAACAUUUGAUUCCGCUGAUGAAAGGCUGGAGACUCGCACCAACAAUGAUGAAUCUUUAACGGAAUGGGAAUCACAAUCUGACAGAACCGCACAGAGCGAACCGCCUACAUUGUUACAGAGCAGGAGUUCUGAUGCCGGAGAAAGCGAGAGGGUGGUUAGAAUCGCUGAUAUCAUCAGGAGACUCGCGGAUAGAAAGGAUAAUGAACAGCAUAGCAUUAGUGCCUGCAAUUCGCCCUCUCGCUGGCUUUCUUCAGGGUCAGAUCAGACGGAGGUGAGAGGGGCUUUGACGCAGAUUGUGUGUUCGCCAAAAAUCCGAGGAAGGCAAGCAUUCAAUGAUUUGCUUAUACAGAUGGAGCGCGACAGGCAGCAGGAGCUCUGCACUCUUGGAGAACGCCAGGUCGUGUCAAGAUUUACACAACGCGGCCGCAUUCAGUCGAUGCUUCGGCUUAGGUUCUUGCAACGUGGAAUGGCAAUUCAAGAUCAACUGCGCACCAAAACACAGGCGUCUCCUCAAUUGAGCCGAUUGAAACAAGGUUCUGGCAUCGUGUAUCUUAGGGAGAGAUUUAAUGGGGCUGUGGAGCAAGGCAUGACAGCUCGUAGUGGUACAGCUACUCCAAAAAGCCCUGAUAGAGAAACGAUAAACAGCUUGGAGAAUGCUCCGACAUGCAAAAGACUAAGUAAAGACAGUCAGCCUCAUGAUGUUUCUGCCUCUGAGCAGCAGGGCAAAGCAUCAGAAGAGUACUCCUUGUCGAUACUCAAGAGACUAAGUGAAGACAGUAGACCUGAUGAUGUUUCUGCCUCUGUGCAGCCAGGCACAGCACCAGAAGAGCACUCCGUGUCCUGGAGGAGUGAAAUCAGCAAGGCCCUUCAUGAAGUAGCUGGUCCGAGUUCAGAUGUCGAGUGGCAAGAGACAAGCGUAGAGUAUGGAAUUUUAACCUCACAAGGAAGGGCAGAAACAACAGGGUCUCUGAAUGAGAGCAAUGAUACUGAGGUGGAAGAAGAACAAGAGGCUGAUGAGCCACUUGAGUUUUUAGACUCAACAUAUGAUUGGUUUAGUGAUAUUGCUCGCCCACGGAGUUUCUGGGAAGAUCGUAGGCAAGCAUGGUAUGAGGAGAUGCUUAGUAGUAGCUCGGAAAAUGAAGAAAUACGUCGACUCCUUGAAAGACGAACAGUAUCAAGUUUCCUUUCUAGUGACUUCCGAGAUAGAAUGGAUCAAUUGAUGACUUGUCAUGCACAAAGACAAAUGGAUACAAUGGGGAAUCAAGAAGAUGAAGACGACAAUGAUUACAGUCGGGAGAGGAUGCACCAAUUGAUGUUAGCCAUACAGAGGCAUACACAACAAGUUGACAGUCAAGAAGGAGGAGAAGACAACGAUGAUUACAAUGAUGAGAAUGAGGCUGGAGUACAAAUGCAAGAACAAGAGGCAGGAAGAGAAGCUAGAGGACAAGAAGAAGCAGAAGGACUAAGUGAAGAAGAAGACGAAGAAGGAGAGGGGGGUAUAGAUGAGGUAGAGGAACAAAGGGAAGAAUUAGAGGUUAGAGGAAGGGUUGGAGUGAUAGAAGAACAACCAGUAACAGAAGUUUACAAUGAGCAAAUCUAUGGAGAAAGAGAAACUCCAACUAGUCAUCUAUAUCUUGAAGCCAGUGAUUACUUCAGUCAGUCCUCACAAUCAUUGCAAAUGCAUUUUCCAUCUCCAUUUAGGUCAUGGAGUGACAGAUCUCAUGAAAUUAGUGAUGAUUCUGAUCAAGCUGCCUCAAUAUCUUCACAACAACAUCCUCAAUUUCUCUCUUACAAUCAGCAGAAUCAACGGUGCUCUUCCUCAACAAACCAUCCUUUGCUUGAAAUGGAACUCAUAUGCAACUUAAGAGGGCAUAUGGUGCAAAUGCAGCGAGAAAUGCUUGAGCUAAGAAAAUCAAUACAGAGCUGCAUGGAAAUGCAAAUGCAAUGUCAGAACUCCAUGAAGCAGGAAGUACAUUCAGUUCAAGGGGAGGCAAAUAAUUCACUUGAUAGGGCGCUAAAGAAUCGCAGAUGUUGUAUUUGCUACGAAAUGCAAGUUGACUCACUUUUGUACAGAUGUGGGCAUAUGUGCACUUGCCUGAAGUGUGCACAUGAAUUGCAGUGGAGUAGUGGAAAAUGUCCUGUAUGUCGAGCUCCUAUAGAUGACGUUGUGCGAGCAUUCUUGGAUUGAUAACUACUGGGGAACGAGUUCUUGCUGCAGAGGACCGUCUUCUUCCAUUAAUUGAAACUUCAUAAUCAUGCCCAGAAAGAUAGGAAUUCUUCUUGUUUUUCUUCUCUCUUAUACAUGCACAUACUAUCCAAUUCACCACUCAUUGGACUAGGCAGUUUUUAUCCUUGUUAUUGUAGAUGACUUAUAGUUGAGGUCAAACAUGGAUUCUCCUUUCUAUACAGUAUACCCAUCAAUGG